AUGGGUUCUCGUUAUGAGGUUGAAAUUACGAUAACUUCUGCAAAGGAUUUGAAGAACGUCAACUGGCGUCACGGCCCCGUGAAGCCAUACGCCGUCGUAUGGGUAGACCCGAAAGCCAAAUGCUCCACCCGGGUCGACGAGGAGGGCGACACCAAUCCCUUGUGGAAUGAAACCCUCCUCAUCCCUUUCGAUUCUCCCAUCGAAGAUUCCACCCUCCACGUCGACGUCGUCCACGCCAACGCCGCCGAAGACACCAAGCCUCUCAUCGGCUCCGCUCGCCUCCGUCUCCGCGACGUCGUCGAUGAGGCCGGCCUUGGCCGUCCGGUCGACCGGAAGCUCGAGCUCAAGCGCCCCUCCGGCCGUCCACACGGUAAAUUGGAAGUCAGAGUCAACGUCCGUGAACCCCGCUACCGUGCGCCGGAUCCUUAUUACGCUCCGCCAUACGGGGUCCCACCGCCUGGUUCUAGAGACUACCCGGCCCCACCACAGCCUUACGGCAGCCCAUACGGCGGCUACGGGGAAAGUGCUUAUGCCGCCCCGCCAACGGGUUACCCGUACGGUGCGCCUCCCCCGCCUCAGCCGUACGGUCAGCCGAGUUAUGGGCAGCCAGCCUACGGAAGUUACGGGCAGCCGGCGGUGUAUGAGGAGAAAAAGAAGAAUAAGUUUGGUGGGAUGGGGACAGGAUUGGCUGUGGGUGCGGUUGCAGGGGUUUUGGGUGGACUGGCUUUGGCGGAGGGAGCUGAAUAUGUUGAGGAUAAGAUCGCCGAUGAUGCCGCCGAGAAGGUUGAAGAUGAUCUGGGAUACGAUGACGCCGGGGAUGAUUGGUGA